UGUUCUUUUUUUGCGAAGCUGGUGACUCUCCCACAGCAACAAUACAUCACAUCAUCAAUACUCUCUAUAUGCUCUCUCUCACUCUCACUACUUCACUUUCCAUUUCCCUUUCAAUUUCAAUUUCUUUCUUCUUCCUCUCAACUUUUAACCACUUAAUUUAACUUUUCACCCUGAAAAUAAAAACCAACACUUUUUUCUUUCCUCUUCAUUUUCUACAAACUUUUCUUUCUCUCUCAAUGGAAGCAGAGAAAGCAAACGCGAUUCAAACACACAAUCUCUUACCCGCCAUUUCCAAAACCCUUCGCAUUUUCGAAAUCUUCAUCGUCCUUCUCCUUCUCACGUGGACACUCACGCGCCUCCCUCUUGCCGUUUCAAUCUCCACCGCUUACCUCCGCAACCUCGCCGCCAACCCUCUCUUCAUCUUCGCCGUCUCCAACGCCAUCAUCGCCGCUCUCCUCGCACAAUCCGGCCGUUUCUCCAACCAAAACUCCGACGAACAUGCCGGUGCCGGUAAACUCUACCGCGAGUUCAUGAAUAGCCGCAUAGCCGUUUCAGAUCGCGACCAGCCUCCUUCCGUCGAACCUCCGCCGGUCACGGCAGAGGUUAUUUGCCACGACAAGGAGGUUAUCUCCGAGACGGUUCCGGAUCGAGACGCCGGAGUGAGAUCCGAGUUUGCGAGUUACCGCCGGAGUCAAUCGGAGAAAUGGAAGGGAGAAGCUGGGAAGAUGCAACGGCGGAAACAGCUCCGGCGAUCGGAAACAGAGAAGCUACGAGAAACCGCGAAAGAAAAUUUGUACCCGCAGGAUAAACUGAGCAAUGAGGAGUUUCAACGCGCCAUUGAUGCGUUCAUUGCGAAGCAAAUGAGGUUUCUGCGAGAAGAAUCAUCCGCCAUUGUUGUUCACAGUACUUUGUAGUUCUUAGAUUUUGAAAUCACAAUAAAAAAAGCGGUGAAAAAUGAAAAUCCAUUUGAAAAAAAAAAUCUAGAAGAGUUAUGGUACUAUUUGUUUUUCUUGUGAUUCGUCUCUGCAGUGUACACUGUACAGUGUUGAUAUUUUUCCCUUCCCAAAUCUUAUAAGAAUCCCCAAAUUUCUUUUAUGGUUUCUCUCUCUCUCCGUCUUAGGAACUUUGUAUUAACUUGUGGAGUUUUCGUGGAAUUAUUAACUUCAUCCU